UGAUUUAACACAGUUGAUGCAGUUCUGCAGAGGACCAAGGCUCUUCCAGAAGCCAUGAGUGGUGCUCUGUGAAUGUUUGUUAAAGGAACGGUCUGUUUAAGUCCAGCCUCAGUUAUAAAUUUACAGGAACUUAACUUUGUGCCAUGUAAACAGCAGCAGCUACAGGAUGGCUAAGAAAUCACUUGCUAGAGGGCUCUAUCAUAUGUAGCAGAGCUGAAUUCUCCGAGGAGGCACAGUGAGUGUCAUGUGGAGAAAUGGAAGGUUUCUGAAUCUUGCUGUCUGGGUCGUCCCAGAAAGCAAAGAUGAAUGCUUCAGUGGAAGAGGAGGAUGGCUGCACGCACUGAACUGUCUGGCAUGGAUCUAUAUGAGGAUUACAAAUCACCCUUCGAUUUCAAUGCUGGAGUGAACAGAAAUUAUCUUUACUUGUCACCUGGCAUAAACCUUUCUCCACCUGGAUCACCUACACUGGCAAAGUCUGGGCUGCUGAGGAGUGACUCUAUACCAGAGGUUGGAGAGGAUGCUGCUGCUACAGUCAGUAUGGCAGAAACACUCUCAGAAGAAGAACGGGAUGAGCUAAGAAAAGAGCUUGCCAAGGUGGAAGAGGAAAUCCAGACGCUCUCACAAGUGCUAGCUGCCAAAGAGAAGCAUCUAGCAGAAAUCAAGAGAAAGCUGGGAAUUAACUCACUACAGGAACUAAAGCAGAACAUUACCAAAAGCUGGCAAGACGUUACAUCAACCACAGCAUACAAGAGAACAUCAGAAACCCUGUCUCAGGCUGGUCAGAAGGCUUCUGCUGCUUUUUCCUCUGUUGGUUCAGUCAUAACCAAGAAAUUUGAAGAUGUCAGACUACAGGCAUUUUCACAUUCCUUUAGUAUACGCUCCAUACAACAUUCAAUUAGUAUGCCUAUUAUGAGAAAUUCUCCUACUUUCAAAUCCUUUGAGGAAAAAGUUGAAAACUUCAAGUCUAAAGUUGGAGGGAGCAAACCUGCUGGAGGAGACUUUGGAGAAGUUCUCAACUCUGCUGCCAAUGCCAGUGCCACAGAAACUAUUGCAGAACAGACAGAGGAAGAGACCCACUGAGAUUUCUGCUUCUGUCCUGCUACCCACUGCCAGAUGCUGCAAGGAAAACCAAGCACACUUGUAACAUUCUCUGCACUCUUUCCACCAGAUGUGCUUUUAUUUAGCACGUAGUUAUUUUACCUGAUUAACUGAUACCAAGCUUUUGUUUGUGGGUUCAAAAUAUUUUUGAAACUAAAAUACAUUGUUUGGGGUUUUGUGUGGGCAAGGAAAUUUCUAUGCCUUUCAAGCAUUUAAAGGACUUACCUGUAAUUUGAAGACAACCUUUAAAAUAUAGCAAUGAAAAAAACUCUUUUGAGAAGUUAAUUAUCUUGUACAGAUACUGUGGAUACAUAUUUUCUUUUCUAUCUGUAAUUACUGCUCAACUUAAUCCUUAUGAAUCUACUGCUGCUGCCAAACUGAAGCUUGUUACGUCGCUCCCUUGUUAUUGUUUCAGUUGAGUGUUGCCUGCAAGGGACACUGGACUAGGAGACGGGACAAGGAGGAAGGAUCACUCCCAGCUAAAGAAAGGACUUCAGUUUCAGCAGGCUUUACACAAGUUAUAGCAGGAUCACACACGAGUAGGAAUGUACUGUCUUUUGAGCGUGUUCCUCAUACAGCAGGUGUGGAUAGGUGAUAGAACAUGUAAUACUUACCCGUCUGUCCGUGCACUGUCCACAUCAGAAACUUCUGACCAACACAGAUGGAAGCAAGAUGCCUCAUAGUGUGCUGGUUUGGUUCAGUCACCAUAGCAUUUUCAGUCUUGUUUUUUGUACAGGAUGUCACUGUGGUAAGAUAAGACUCUUCUGAACAUUGGACCAGUCACAAAUAUAUUCAUUCACACGUGGUGGUGUCAUAUUCACACUAACAAAGCAUGGACUAGAAGAAUAAGCCUGACCCCAGAAGUGGUUCUUUUUUAGUCAUCAAGAGAAUUGCUCCUAUAGCCUAAUGUUGUUUCUCUUGUAGGCUGAACCCUGAAAACAUCUGCUACGCCACCUUACUCUUUUUUUAUGUAUUUAAGCCAACACCCCUGUUCCCAGCCCCAGAAGUCUGUUUUGAGAGGUGCACAGUGUCAUUGCUCAGCGUAGCUCUCCUAAAAGACAUGUCUUCCUACAUCUUGUUUUGUCUGCUCUACUCCUCAAAUUUCUUUUGUUUUAUGUGUUUCUGCCACAUGGUUAAAACAUUUUAUCACCAUGCUUAGAACUGGAAACAAGUUUUGCUACAUUUGUGUGGAAUCCAUGAAACUUCAACUGCCACAGGUGUCUGGAGGAAAAACAGUUGGCUCCUGACAACCUUGCUAGCAUGUCAGAUGUAGAAUGUGUGCUUAAUUAAAAUGUGAGAAGCUUAAUAAAAGUGUAUAUGAGGAAUGUAUUGUCCUGUGAACAUGGAGGAUAAUGUAAAUAAGUAAGGAAAUUUCAUUU